AUGAGCAGGCGAGAGUCCCGUGUGUCCAUGGGUGCUCGCCAGAACGAUGCUCUGGUCGAAUUCGAAAAUUUCAAGAAGAAAUUCCUCCUCGCAAACAAGCAUAUCACUAAACUAAACUCUACGCUAAGCAUGAAGAUUGAAGAGCUUAACACCGAGAUAUCGACACUCUACGCUGAGAACCUGCGAUUGCGCGCGUCCGAAAUUACCCUCACUACUGAGCUCAAACGGGAGCGUGAAAAGUCGCGCAAAAUACUGUUUGACGCCCAGACUGCGGCCCAUACACUCUCUUCUCAGCUCGCUGCUAUGCGAGACAUAUAUAACAUUCCUCUCACUGCAUCACCAACGCCAACCCCCCCACGCAGGAAAACACCCUCCCCUCGAAACAGCACAUACUUAAAUAAUCCAACGGUUAAUCGACUCUCCCGGGAGCCGCAAGUUCCUAAUAUCAACGAGGACGAGGAGCCGGAGGAUGUUCACGGCUCACCACCACGCAAGAGCAAGAAAAAGCCUCGCCUUAGUGCCUCUCGACUACCCCUACCUGCUCGAUCCAGUACCCCACCAACCGAGAUACCGGCGUUGGCGUUUUCCCAACCUCAACUGGCUAUGGACUUUUCCAGCCUCAUUCUUCCCACCAAGAAGCGACGCCAGAGUGGUCUGCUGCUUGACCUCGCUGUCAUAGACCUAGACGGUCUUGAACUUGACGACGGUGGCCUGGGCGGCGGGAGUGAAAAUGAUUUGGAGCGAGAAAACGAGAAAGUGCGAGAAAAGGAACGCAAGCGGGUAAUGCGAGAUGCCUCCGCCAAGCCCAAGGCAAAGCUAAAGGAUGUUACAAACGCCAACUCUCCCCGCACUCGACCGAAACCAGACCCAGAUAUCUUGUCGUUGGAGCCAUUGCCACCCCCUCCAGCUCGCGCAUUCCUUGCCCCCGCCCCACCCAGUCCACCACCUCCCGAACCACAACUUCUACCCGUUGUCAUCGAGUCCCAACCGGUUUCCUCUGGUUCAUCGUCAUCCUUGGACCGAGAAGUUCCCGUGAUGGAGACUGACACUGAGGCUGGUGGUCGUGAGCGGCGGACCCGCAAAAGCGUUAAUUAUGCUGAGCCCAAACUGAACACCAAGAUGCGCAAACCCAUUGGUAGCGAGCCAGCGACAACGACCAAGCGAUCACGAAGCUCGACUUCGUCUGUUCCUGUAUCAACUCGUCGACCUUCUCCUCCAUUAGCUGGUCAUGGACCAAAGACUGACCCUCUGCCGCAAGCUGUUGCUGAGGAAGAAGACGACCUGGAUGAUUUUGAUGGGGAAAACAGCGAUGCUUGGGCCGACGGAGAAUAUGUUCCUCCUGGCUGGUCAAGCACGCAUGUGAAUCUAGAAGGGAGACGGAGGGCGGUGCAAACCGCUGGGAAGCGGAAGGAGGCUGGCGAUUCGGGGAGAAGACAUAGCUCUGCUAUGUAG